GUUCGCUCGAAGAAAGCUGCCUGAAGCAGCCAAACACGCUAUGGCAGGCCUGUGAAAGUGUCCGAAUACUGGUGUGUGAGUGCAGACAGCGUGUGGGACGGUGAGCGACGAUGGCGUCGGUCGACUCGGGCGUCGAGACGGAGAACGACAGCAAUGAUAGCAGCGUCGCUGGCGGACAGGAGAACCGUCGCUCGAUGGACCUGAGUCCAGCGUCGUCCCUGCGCGACUCGCGCAGCGCGUCCGAGAACUCGUUCUUCAGCAGCCGAGACCCUGUCCCGAGCACCUCACAGCAGGACGCGCACCCGUCGUUCAUGCCACUCAGCAAUGGUGGUCUCUUGCAGGCUGGCGUCGCGCCCUGCCUGCUGAAGUUGGAGGAGGACGGCUUGCUCAAACUGAAGAGUUAUUUUAACUUGGAAACCACUUCAAAGCCCAUAGAAAUAAGUAAACCUGUUGGUGUACAAGCUGAUGACAGUGCCUCCACGGGAGAUGAUGCUGCAGAGAUGCAAGAGGUCGAUCCACCUGCCGGACUGUCCUUUGAAAAUGUCAAGACUACAGGCAACAAAGGAUAUGAAAUCGCUGAUGACACUAUCAUAUUGCGAGGUUACAGCAAACACACCAUGCUGCAAGCAAAGAUGAGGAGACCUUGGCUUUCACGAUACCACACCCAGAAUCGUUUCCCUGAAGCAAAAUAUUCGAAGGAAAGAUCUCUGCGAAGGGCUGCUUCCAGUAACCACGUUGAGUUGGUGUCCUAUUUGCUGGACAAAGGAGUAAACCCAAACGCCACUGAUGAAUUUAAGAGAGCACCGCUUCAUUUGGCCGCCUGCCGCGGUUUUAUCGACAUACUCGAAUUGUUGCUAGACAAAGGUGCAAACCCAAAUCAGAAAGACUCAAUGGGCAACACGGCUCUACACUUGGCAGCUUGUACAAACAAUGUUCCUGUGGUCACACUUCUGCUCAAAGCAGGAACAGACGUCUCUUCGCUGGAUCAGUAUGGUCGGAAUCCAUUGCAGCUGGCGCAGACGCGUCUGAAGAUGCUGCAGAUGUCCGCCGCAAUGAAUCCGGACGCUAUGCAGGUCAAGUGCGAAGUGCAAAAUGUGAUCGACAUGAUGCAGAUCUACCUACACCGUAUUGGCUCACACAACAGGGACGCGGAAAACGAGCUACUUAACUCGUUCUCAACGCGGCUCACCUUGUCGCAAACCCCCAAGGAGGUAGACCAUGAACUGCGCGGUCUCCUUGCCAGCCUGUCCAAUCUCAAUCUCAACAAGGCGGCGCCCACAGCCAGCCUCGAGAGUAUAGAUGUUUAGCUAUGUUUAAAUAAUGUUGUUUGCCACAUUCACAACCUUAUUUAUUGUCCUAAUUAUGUUGGAGGCAUUAAAGCGUGUUUUAUUGGAAUUUUGCAAUCUCAAGCAGUGCUUUAUGUUGAUUCUUUAUUUCUAUUAUCAGUUUUUACAAUUACAAGCUUCUGAACAUGCUUCCAAAAUUUGAUGCGGUUGAUGAUGUGUACGACUUAAAUGUGGCUUGUUGUGACUGUUUGCGUCUGAUGCAAAAUUUAUAGUUAGUUAUUUUGAGUGUUGUUGUCUCAAAAGAGAAAACUUUACAUUUUUAGGACUUACUUUAUGUUCGUUAACAUUGGUGUUGGCAUUUUGACAUUCCUGAUAUGUACUAAUGGUGGCAAUAUUUACAAAAGUAGGGCAAUAUUUUUUCAUUUGCGUCUGUAUUCUACUGUUUUGAAAUCAAAAUGCCUUCAUCUUUUUUUUUAAGUUUUGCAUUCUUGUUAUUUUAAAACGAGGCAAGGUGAGUUAAUUUAGUUGAUCAAGGCCAAAGCAGUCCCCACCCUUGUCUAGUUAUAAUUUUGGACUGUAUUUAGAUCAAAAUGUGAAAAUACACAUGAUUAAGGAAAUAAUCAAUUUUUAAAAAGGAUUAAAA